GGGGAUAGGCCAGCCAAUGCAGAAUGAUAGUCGCAAAGGCUCCGUGACUACUCAAGAUUUUCUUGAUGAGGCGAAGAAGAUCAUGGCAGGCAUCCGAGGGAAAACUAGACCACGUAGUGGACUAGCAAGUCUUGAAGAGUCUGAAUUUGAGAUUGAUCGAAACGCCUUUGCUGGAGAUGCCACACAAGACGACGAGUUUGAGGAUUCAUACCAAGAGUCUACACAAGAGCCCUUCUCAAGACCACCUAGUCGAGAGGGCCGUCCUGUUCAAAGACCACCUAUGAAGCAGCAAGAUCCCCAGCUCCUCGACCACCUACGCAAAUAUGCGGAAAUAAGUGAUAUGGAUGAGGUUGUAGCUUCUUCGAUCAAAUCCAUUGCGAUGGCGAAGGAGGCGGCCAAUUCUGCCAGAGAGAUUGACAGAAUUGCUGAUGAGACAAUUUCAAGAUCUUCUGGCCGAUUACUGAACCAGGGCAACGUUAUUGAAAGUGAUCCGCCGAAUAUACGCAUCAUCCAAAACCCCGAGCAGCAGCGAAAGCGGAAGCAUUCAACCUCUUCCGUUCCUCCCAACGGCGAUGACCCUCACGAAACGGAGUUUCCUUCCUAUGGAUCAAAUGCAUCGUCGAAUAUUUCCUCAUCCCCCUCAAUACCUACAUCAAGAGGAUCGGAUUCUCGUCGAAUUAUUGCUCCUCAUACAGUGUCCCAUUUGAUCCCCGAGCAACUAGCUGGCAUGGUCUUUGAUCGGGAACGAAAUAUUUGGGUCAAAGGGAAGUCAGUCAGUGGUGAAAAUGGAGCACAAAAUUUCUUGCCUUCUGAUGAGACAGAUGAUGAAGAUCCUUUUGGAGAUAUUCCUGAUCUGUCAGUCGACGAGACGCAGGAGUUUCAACGGCUUAAAUCUGUAGCCGCAAAGCGUAAAGAAGAGGAACAAAUGAAGCAUAUUCAUUAUGAUGGAAGUCGCCAAACUCCCACGAGUAAAGCUGCCAAGCCGGAGAGGCUCGACAUGUCAAGUCCAACGAAUGAAAAUUCGCACCUAGAAGAUGCACCUUCAUCAGAACUUACGAGGCUCACCCGUCUUGCCACAAAGGCUACCGACCCAGAGGCGCAUACCAGAUUAACCUCAUGGGGAGAUGAGGCUGCUCAUAUUUCGGAAACAAACAGAACAGUACAUCAGAGAUGGGAGUCAACAACGACGGAAAUCAGAGAAGAAUUCAUUGAGAAUAUUGAAAGAGAGAUUUCUGUUGAAAAGGAUCGUAUCAACCCAUCAAGUCCACGACGACGAAAUAUUGCAAUAUCAUUCUCAUCCCCCCUGGCAUCCGUUAUUCAACCGUCUAUCUACGACAAUGAACUCGAUUUCGACCGCGAGGCAGGCGAUGCAGGACAAUUGGACAAUGAUGAGGACGAGGAUCUUGUUGAUGGUGGCGCGAUCGUAGCAAAGAGACGUGAUACCCAUAAGGCCUCUUCGGUCAGGAUUGGAAGCGCCUUUCAAAAUCCUUCUCAUCACAUCCCACUUAGAGGACAAAGGUUUCCAACUCGUCCGGUUUCGCCGAUUGAUGAGCGAGACGAGGAUUCUCUCAAUGAAGAUGAUGAUGAGCAACGCCGGGGAAGUAUAAGCAUUCUGGUGGCAACCCCAGUUCCGCCGAGAAGAGCCUCCUGCAUGGUUCUAAACACCCCACGGCCGUAUCACGAGAUUGGGACACUCGAACUGACACCAUUAUCUGAUUUCACUGUGAACAGAGCAGACGAAUCAUUCGGUUUGGAGGUUAGCUAUAUUGACAGAGGUCAAGGCUAUGCGCUUGGUAAUGGCACACAAAAGACUCUGUCUCUCUCAAUAAAAGACCUCGUAACAAGAAUUGCAGAAGUCGAGCCAUACGAGCCAUAUUGGGGGGAUAUCAAGCAAAUGGAUUUGAAGGGCAAAAGUCUCACCAGUCUCCAUAAGUUAGAUGAGUUCUGUGAGCGCCUUGAGGAACUCGAUGUAUCAGACAAUCAAAUAAGCCAGCUCAAUGGUGCUCCACGAACUCUCCGACACCUUCGAAUCACUCACAAUUAUCUUUCGGAUCUUACUGCAUGGAGCCACCUGAGCAAUCUGCAGUAUAUCAACAUUUCGAACAACGAAAUUGAAAGUUUGUCUGCAUUCAAGUACCUGGUCCAUUUGAGGGGUUUGAAAGCCGACAACAACAAAAUAAAAUCUCUAGAUGGCAUUGAAAAUCUAGAUGGGCUGCUUAGCCUCCGGCUACGAGGAAAUAUGAUCAAGUCAAUCGAUUUUGAGGGCACGAAACUCAAGCGGUUGUCAGAUCUGGACCUCAAUGACAAUCGCAUAUGCGAUGUCAAGAAUAUACAUUUGUUACCCGCCUUGUCGAGCCUUAGCCUGGAGCGCAACAAUCUCUCCACAUUUGAGAUCGAUAGCUCCGAGAAACUGCUAGCGUUGAGGUAUCUCAAGCUGAGUGGAAACAACCUGGAACGCAUCGAUGUUAGUCAAUGCCCAAACCUACGACUCCUCUAUCUUGAUCGUAAUCGUCUUGGAAGAGUCACCGGUCUUCUCAGAACAAAACACCUCGACAGCCUCUCCAUGCGUGAGCAACAAGAAGGUGCUGUCAUUGACCAAUCAUUCCUUUCAGAAGCUUUCGAGGUCCGCAAGCUGUUUCUCUCAGGCAAUCUCCUCAACACAUUCGACCCCUCGGUAGACUUCCUGAAUCUACAAUACCUCGAACUUGCCAAUUGCGGUCUAGAAUCACUGCCUAUCGACUUUGGACAGAUGUUUCCGAAUACACGAGUAUUAAAUUUGAACUUUAACGCUCUGAGGGACAUCAAGCCUCUGGUUGGUAUUGUACGUUUGAAGAAACUCCAUUUAGCGGGUAAUCGACUACUUGGAGUGAAGAUGGUCACGAAUAUCUUGGCACAUUUACCGACCUUGACACUGGUUGAUCUAAGGAGCAAUCCACUCACAAUGGGAUUCUACCCGCCUGUAGCCGAAACACGUUUGGUCGAGCCUGAUAAUGCCGAGACGGAUAAUACAUUUAUUGAACCUUUCACUCUUGGAAAAUCGGAUGCGGAGAAGGACAAGAAGUACGCUUCUUGCUUGGAUAUGGAGACGAGGAUGAUGAGGAGGCUUUAUGAAAUGAUGGUUCUCGGUCGUUCUGGGGGUCUUAAAACGUUGGAUGGGUUGAGUAUCAACAGAUCUAUCGUUGUGGCCAAGGAUAAGGUCUGCGAGUCUUUGGUUAAAGCUGGCAUCGUGCAUGUCGAUCUGCCUGAAACAGCUGCAGAGGCUGAGCAAAAGGAGGAUAUGCCGGGCAAUGUGGAACCCACGAAGGAUAUGGAAUCCGGGCAGGAUGGGACACCUGCGGAGAGCGGGAAAUCUAUGGAGAAGGGGGAACCUGCGGAAAAGGGGGAACCCGCCGCAACUGAGGUCCCCGAAAAGUCAGGCUUGGAGGAGCUAUGGCAAGCCGAGGAUAGUUUUGCCUGAUUGAAGAAAUGUGUUUAUGAGUGCAAUGCCUGUUCCAUAGGGGUUGGGUCUUGGCGUUGGUGGUUUCAUAACACGGGGAAGGAGUUUGUUUGUUGUACAGG